UGUUUCCUUCCCCAGAGCCCUCUAAUGUUUAAGGACCAGAUGCAGCAGGAUGUGAUCAUGGUGUUGAAGUUCCCCUCCAACUCCCCGGUGACACACGUAGCAGCCAACACCCUGCCACACCUCUCUGUCCCUGCCGCUGUCACCGUCACCUGCAGCAGACUGUUCGCUGUCAACCGCUGGCACAACACCGUCGGUGAGUGGACUACACACACACAGAGGCCAGAAAACACAGGCCAGAAAACACACACACACACACACACAAACUCAUAGGCAACAGAACACACAUGCUCUUGUAAAACUAAUUGCGUGUUCCACCACAUGUGCUACCUACCACUGCAGUGGCCCUGUAAAACCCCUCUAUACCAACCAGGGUACGUCUACACACUACAGCUGUUCAGGUCUGUAGCAGCCUGGGUCUGUAGCAGCCUGGGUCUGUAGCAGCCUGGGUCCGUAGCAGCCUGGGUCCGUAGCAGCCUGGGUCCGUAGCAGCCUGGGUCCGUAGCAGCCUGGGUCCGUAGCAGCCUGGGUCCGUAGCAGCCUGGGUCCGUAGCAGCCUGGGUCCGUAGCAGCCUGGGUCUGUAGCAGCCUGGGUCUGUAGCAGCCUGGGUCUGUAGCAGCCUGGGUCUGGACAAACCAGGGUUAGCCAGCACCAUCUCCACAGUCAUUCAUGGUUGCAUCCCUAAUUGCACCCGAUUCCCUAUAUAGUCCACUUCUUUUGACCAGUGCCUUACCACUACAUCAUAUCUACCCACCAUGCUACACCCCUUGGUCAGGUGAAGAGAGUCUGAGUGCUUCCACAUGUUGGUCCUCAGGCAUGUGUGAACAACAUUACCCACCAAUGCUCCAAGGAACACACACACACACAAGCACGCAGGCGCACAAACACAUACACACACACAUACGCACGCACGCAAACACACACAAAUACACACUUCUCAGGAACCAAACUCACCUCAGGGUCAAGGGUCGCUGCAAAGCUUACUGGGAAAUUAGGCUGCGACUGCACCACAUUCUCCUCACACUUCCACAUCUGUCACCGGAGCACACACUCAUCACACACACACCGAGUUGAGGACCAGAGUGGAGCCUAACAUUCUGUCGUUAAUGACCACAGCUGCAGUUCCAAUGUUUUUCUGUUGGAGAGAAGAAAAGUGUUCUGGGUUCCAACAAUAAUGAGCAGAAUACUAAGGGCUUCAUAUUCCCAGCAUGCUGCUGUGUUUCUGCCCUCCAGUCUCCCUCCAGGGGAUCAUAGCUCUACUCAGCCUGACAGUCAGGAAGUGAAAUCAAUAAGCUUCAUGGAAACAUUCAUGAACCAACCUCUGACCAUGGAGCAGGUGCUCAGGGUGUGUGUGUGGGAUGUGUGUGCGCGUGCGUACCUGUGUGUGUGACAUACAUGUGUAAUGUGUGUGUGUGUUUCCAGGUUUGAGAGGAGCGCCAGGUUACUCCCUAGAACAGGCCCACCACCUGCCCAUAGAGAUGGACCCUCUGAUUGGUGAGUGUUACCCUGAGGACAGGCCAGACCAUUGUACUGAAUACAAACUAAGUUAUCCCUCUGUGUGUGGGUGUAGCCAACAACUCUGGGAGUAAUAAGCGUCAGAUCACAGACCUGGUGGAUCAGAGCAUCCAGAUCAACACACACUGUUUCGUGGUUACCGCCGACAACCGCUACAUCCUGGUCUGUGGCUUCUGGGACAAGAGCUUCAGAGUCUACUCCACCGAGACAGGUAAUACUAACUACCAUGGUACUACUACUAUAGUACCACCAUAAUACUACUACUAUACUACUGUAAUACUAUAUUACUACUAUAUUACACUGUAUUACUUCCACACAGUAGGCCUACACACAUAGGUUUAUAUCAUAAUACUGUCUUUGUGCAGGUAAGCUAACCCAUAUAAUACUACAGACCUUAUAAUACUACUACCUUAUUACUAUAGUACAUCUACAUUACUUUAUAUUGCUCUCUCUGUCCUGCAGGUAAGCUGACCCAGAUAGUGUUUGGCCACUGGGACGUGGUGACGUGUCUGGCCAGGUCAGAGAGCUACAUCGGGGGAGACUGCUACAUCGUGUCAGGGUCCAGAGACGCUACGCUGCUACUGUGGUACUGGAGCGGACGGCACCACAUCAUAGGAGACAACCCCAACAACAGUAAGUCAGAACACACACUCACAUGCACACACACACAGACAGACAGAGAGACAGACAUACACAAACACACACAGACAGACAGAGAGACAGACAUACACAAACACAGUGUAACAGUCCUGUCCAUGAGCUGUAGCAAGUAGCUGCCCUCUGUCCAAGGGUAGAGAGAGGAAGCUCUUCAUAUCAGCUCAAAUGAAUUACAGCACCUCAUAGUGGAGCUGGAGUUUAUAAAGGUAGAUUAUUAUAUUAAAAGCAGCAUUCUUUGAUCAGCAGUGAAAAUCCUGGUUUCCAUUAUUGUUAUCGAAUAAUGGACAGAGAUAGGUAGCAGGGCUGGCGCCGGAACGAAUCAGUUGGACUGGCAUUUGAUUUCUAUAGGCAGCCCGUUUUUUCCCCAAUUUUGUUCAUGUGUCAUAAUAAAGACUAUAGGCAGCUCGUGAGUUUCAAGUUAGGGGAAGAUAACAAUUUAUCCUAUUAUUUCGACCUAUCUGCGUGCCAGUUUUUAUGCGCAUUUUCGUGGAACACUUUUACUUCAAUAAUAACGUUUUAGUUUCUUAAAAUUAUUGUAAUGUAGUUAAUCAUAAAAAUCUGAAAUAAAAUGCAAAAAAUCUCAAAGUAAAAAUGUAACUAAUGCAAGAGCACCAGCCUUUGCCAUAUGGACACAUUGAUACACCGUGAUCCAUUGGCAGCUAAAGAAAUUAGAGCAUGGAACUCAGAGAUAGCCUAUAGCCAAUGCAGCAGUAGGCCAAUAACUUCCAUCAUCAACUAAGUAAAAUACAUAGGCCUAAAGCCGAAAAAUAAAAACAGUAGAAAAUGUCCGGAUGAAAAUGUAGGUUCUUUCAAUCGCAUUAAUCUCUCUACUCCGCCUGUCUGCCUCCCUUUCUAUCAGUCUUGACUUGAGCUAUCACUAGUGAAGUGCAACAUUGUAUCAACUCAGCAGGUUGGCGUGCUCAGGCGCGUGCGCUCCCUCAAUUAAUUGCAAAGUCCCUCUUUGCCAUGAAAAUGAACUUAAUCCCCCAAAAAACAUUUCCACUGCAUUUCAGCCCUGCCACAAAAGGACCAGCUGCCAUCAUGUCAGUGAUUCUCUCGUUAACACAGGUGAGAGUGUUGACGAGGACAAGGCUGGAGAUCACUCUGUCAUGCUGAUUGAGUUAGAAUAACAGACUGGAAGCUUUAGAAGGAGGGUGUUGCUUGAAAUCAUUGUUCUUCCUCUGUUAACCAUGGUUACCUGCAAGGAAACACAUGCCGUCAUCAUUGCUUUGCACAAAAAGGGCUUCACAGGCAAGGAUAUUGCUGCUAGUAAGAUUGCACCUAAAUCAACAAUUUUUCGGAUCAUCAAGAACUUCAAGGAGAGAGGUUCAAUUGUUGUGAAUAAGGCGUCAGGGCGCACAAGAAAGUCCAGCAAGCGCCAGGACCGUCUCCUAAAGUUGAUUCAGCUGCGGGAUCGGGGCACCACCAGUGCAGAGCUUGCAUGAAAAAAAAAAAAAAUUAUACACUCAGGAUAAGAGCGUCUGCUAAAUGACUAAAAUGUAAAAUGAAUGGCAGCAGGCAGGUGUGAGAGCAUCUGCCCGCACAGUGAGGCAAAGACUUUUGGAGGAUGGCCUGGUGUCAAGAAGGGCAGCAAAGAAGCCACUUCUCUCCAGGAAAAACAUCAGGGACAGACUGAUAUUCUGCAAAAGGUACAGGGAUUUUCUCUGAUGAAUCCCCUUUCCGAUUGUUUGGGGCAUCCGGAAAACACCUUGUUCGGAGAAGACAAGGUGAGUGCUACCAUCAGUCCUGUGUCAUGCCAACAGUAAAGCAUCCUGAGACCAUUCAUGUGUGGGGUUGCUUCUCAGCCAAGGGAGUGGGCUCACUCACAAUUUUGCCUAAGAACACAGCCAUGAAUAAAGAAUGGUACCAACACAUCCUCCGAGAGCAACUUCUCCCAACCAUCCAAGAACAGUUUGGUGACGACCAAUGCCUUUUCCAGCAUGAUGGAGCACCUUGCCAUAAGGCAAAAGUGAUAACUAAGUGGCUCGGGGAAGAAAACAUCGAAAUGUUGGGUCCAUGGCCAGGAAACUCCCCAGACCUUAAUCCCAUUGAGAACUUGUGGUCGAUCCUCAAGAGGCGGGUGGACAAACAGAAACCCACAAAUUCUGACAAACUCAUUGAUUAUGCAAGUAUGGGCUGCCAUCAAUCAGGAUGUGGCCCAGAAGUUAAUUGACAGCAUGCCAGGGCGGAUUGCAGAGGUCUUGAAAAAAAGGGUCAACACUGCAAAUAUUGACUCUUCGCAUAAACUUAAUGUAAUUGUCAAUAAAAGCCUUUGACACUUAUGGAAUGCUUGUAAUUAUACUUCAGAAUACCAUAGUAACAUCUGACAAAAAUAUCUCAUAACACUGAAGCAGCGAACUUUGUGAAGACCAAUACUUGUGUCAUUCUCAAAACUUUUUACCACAACUGUGUAUGUAGCUCAUGUAUCUGAUGCUGUCUGGCCAGAAAAAGUAUAACAUGCCAUACUCCUUUUGUCAGACAGCAUCAGAUACAUGGUUUACACAUACAGAGACAGAGGGGCGCUGUUUUGCUCGCUCGGAUGCUUAUCUGAGAUUAAUGCAUCUUUCUGUCGGCGCGCAUCUCGGUCAAAUAAAUGAUCAUUAUUUCAAUAUUUUAUUUGGAAGGGAAAGGGCGGGCCAGGCUCUCUAGGGCCCGCCUAUAACACCAGCCCUGACAGGGAGGAGCAUCUACUGUAUAUGCACCUAUAUGUGUGUGUUGCUUUCCAGUAAAAUACUCCAGAUGUCUUGCUAUUCAGCUCCAGAGUGUGAUUUGAUUUCUGCUGCUCUUCACACUUUGUUCCUCAUACUCACUGGUUAUCUGUGUUCAAAACAAACACUUCACCAUGUGUAUGUCUUGGACAUAAUAACAGUGUGUGUGUGUUUGUGUGUGUGCGUGUAUGUGUGUGUGUAAGAGUGUGUGUGCGUGUUCGUAUGUAUACUGUAUUUGUGUGUACUGUGCAUGAACUGGUGUCAUAUGGGGCUGUGGUUGAGGUGAGUGUUUUCUCAUUAUCUUCACUGAAGCUAAUUAAGAAUUUCAGCUUGGUUUGUUCCAAUUAGUAGAGGGGGCCACGGCACUAUACUGCAGGAGAAACUCCCAUGGUACACACACACACACACACACACACACUGCUUACUGUACUGUGCACCUUCCCUAACAAAGGAAGGUUACUUCUAUGGAGAGAACUUCAACUAAUCAUAUUCCAUAUCAAUCAAACCAGGUUGUUUGAUAUCAGUUUUUUCAGAGUGAACAUUUAAUCAGUUCUUCACUAUUGAUGAAACACAUAGUAGUCUUCAGUAGCUACCUAUAUGAGCUAUUUAGUUGUAUUAUUUAUAAAGCAGUUAGUCAUAAUUUAUGAUACAAUUUCAAGAUUAACAAUAAUACUUUUUGUCAGACUUCAGUUCACAGCACUCUAGGUAGGAGAGUAUUAUAUUAUUCAUAUUUGACAGAGUUGAAGAUGUUGUAACCUUCGGCAGGGUGAGAACAGUGUCCUCUAAUGUACAUCCUGCAUGUGUCCUAAACACCUGGGGCCUCAUUUAUCAAAGGUCUGUGCGCAGUCAGCGCACAGAAAAUACUCUAAACCUUGCGUGCGCCAGUUUUCCCGCAAAGGUUGGUAUUUAUCCAUUUUGAACUUGACGGGAAAGUUUGCGUAUCUCCACGCAAAUCUCAGAUCAUGAGUAUGCACAACGUCUAGUGGUUGAUCAACUGUAUUGCAAGCAAAUAUUGUUAUUUUGAGGAAAAUGGAGGCGUUUGAUGCACAGGAAUGAUAAUAAUGGUAGGCUAAUAAAAACAUUAAAACAUAUGCCUAAUGAUGAAACAGAUGCAUUUGCCAUUGGUAAGGAGAUCUCAUAGCAACAUGUAGACUAAUGUGUUUCUUUUACUUUUAUUAUAUAGGCCUAAAUCAUAAUCAUAUUGCAGGACGUCUCUCCUUUUCUGACAUGACUGGUUUAUUCCCGCUACAUAACAAAUACUAUGCUACCAUUUAUCCAUGGCUCAUUCUCAUUCUGCCCAUCCCUCUACAUAAAUGUGAUCAAAUACGCCAGACUUUAGUGAGAAAUGUACGCAUUGUUGAUCAAUGAGGCCCCUGGUCAUUAAAAUUACUUCCAGCUCAAUUCCCCCCCUGCCUCUCAGGCCCAGCUCGGCCCAUACUACCGCAAUGUGAGGCAGUGUGGGGAGGUAGAGGUGGGGUGGUUGUGUUGGCUGGCUGGCUGAGUGGGGGGGGGGGGGCUGGGGGGCUCAAGCCCCUGGGGGUUUGGGGGCUGGGGGGCUCAGUGCAGGCGGAUUUAAUAUUUUGUAGGGCAGGUGAGCUGGAUGAGUCCGUGGUCUCUCUGGAGGACUUAUUUGACACAUGUCCCAUCAGCCACCUCACCUCACCGCUGUCCUGGGACUGACAGGUCUGCUCUGGUCCUACUCUCUAAGGGACUGGAGAAGAGAGAGGGGUGAAAGGGAGGAGAGGGGGAGAGGGGAGAAGAAAGAGGGAUGAGAGGAGAGAGGGAGGAAAGGACAUAUGGGGUGAAAGGAGAGGGGGUGAAAGGGAGUAGAGGGCAGGAGAGGAGAGUUUAGUUGCUCCUAAUAAGUACAUUCUCCAGUUAAGUGCGCUCUGUUGCAACAAUCCCAAGCCAUGUUGUUAAUAAAACCCAACUAUUGUGUUGUGUUCCAGGUGACUACCCGGCACCGCGAGCUGUGCUGACCGGCCAUGACCAUGAGGUGGUGUGUGUCUCUGUGUGUGCCGAGCUGGGACUGGUCAUCAGUGGAGCCAAAGGUCAGCAGAGACAGCUUGAGUCCCAAAUGGCACUCUAUUCCCUGUGUAGUGUACUUCUUUUGACCAGGGCCCAUAGGGCUCUGUUCCAAAGAAGUGCACUACAGUUUAAUCUCCUUCAUCUAAUAAUAAUAAUUCAUCUUGUUUAUAAAGUGCUUUUCUCGCACCCAAGGCACUAUAGAAAAUAAGUACUAUAAAAUCGAAGUAACAGUAUAAAAAAAAACAUACACUAUAUAUACAAAAAUAUGUGGACACUCCUUGAAAUUAGUGGAUUCGGGUAUGUCAGCCACACCCGUUGCUGACAGGUGUAUAAAAUCGAGCUCGAUUUUAUACACUUGUCAGCAACGGGUUUGGCUGAAAUAGCUGAAUCCACUAAUUUGAAGGUGUGUCCACAUACUUUUGUAUAUAUAGUAUAUGUGAGUUGGCUGAUAGGACUGUAAUGUCACAUGCCACAGUACAUAGUUGAUAUAUCUCAGUUAGGAGUGGAAUGUUGAGUAACAUUCUUGAAAUAGUGUGUGCAUGCAUCCGUGCGUGUUUGUGUGUAACUCUAUCUUGCUCUCCCUCCAGAGGGUCCAUGUCUUGUCCACACUAUAACAGGGGACCUGCUGCGGGCCCUGGAGGGCCCAGAUAACUGCCUGUGUCCCCGCCUCAUAUCGGUGUCCAGCGAGGGCCACUGUAUCAUCUGCUACGAGAGAGGACGCUUCUGUAACUUCAGCAUCAACGGAAAACUACUGGCUCAGAUGGAGGUCAACGACUCAACACGGGUAAGCCCACAGAUACAGUAUGUGCCUAGUGAAAGUCUACACACGCCUUGCACAGUCUUCACAUUUUGCGGUCUUAAAAUUCUAUCAAAAAAAGGUAUUCAAUUGGGGGGGGGGGGGGGGGGUUCCACCAAUCUACAGAACCUACUCCACAUUUUCAAAGUGAAAGAGAAUUAUAGAACAUUCUACAAAUUAAUAAUAAUAUACAGUACCAGUCAAAAGUUUGGACACACCUACUCAUUCAUUUAUUUUUACUAUUUUCUACAUUGUAGAAUAAUAGUGAAGACAUCAAAACAAUGAAAUAACACAUAUGGAAUCAUGUAGUAAUAUAUUUGAGAUUCUUCAAAAAAGCCACCCUUUGCCUUGAUGACAGCUUUGCACACUCUUGGCAUUCUCUCAACCAGCUACAUGAGGUAGUCACCUGGAAUAUAUUUCAUUUAACAGGUGUGCCUUGUUAAAAGUUAACUUGUGGAAUUUGUUUCCUUCUUAAUGCGUUUCAGCCAAUCAGUUGUGUUGUGACAAGGUAGGGGAGGUAUACAGAAGAUAGCCCUAUUUGGUAAAAGACCAAGUCCAUAUUAGGGCAAGAACAGCUCAAAUAAGCAAAGUGAAACGACAGUCCAUCAUUACUUUAAGACAUGAAGGUCAGUCAAUCUGGAAAAUUUCAAGAACUGUCGCAAAAACCAUCAAGUGCUAUGAUGAAACUGGCUCUCAUGAGGACCACCACAGGAAAGGAAGACCCAGUUACCUCUGCUGCAGAGGAUAAGUUCAUUAGAGUUAACUGCACCUCAGAUUGCAGCCCAAAUAAAUGCUUCACAGAGUUCAAGUAACAGACACAUCUCAACAUCAACUGUUCAGAGGAGAUUGUGUGAAUCAGGCCUUCAUGGUAGAAUUGAUGCAAAGAAACCACUACUAAAGGACACCAAUAAUAAGAAGAGACUUGUUUGGGCCAAGAAACACGAGCAAUGGACAUUAGACCGGUGAUAUUUUUGGUUCCAACCGCCAUGUCUUUGUGAGACGCAAAGUAGGUGAAUGGAUUAUCUCUGCUUGUGUGGUUCCCACCGUGAAGCAUGGAGGAGGAGGUGUGGUGGUGUGGGGGUGCUUUGCUGGUGACACUGUCUGUGAUUUAUUUAGAAUUCAAGGCACACUUAACCAGCAUGGCUACCACAGCAUUCUGCAACAAUACGCCAUCCCAUCUGGUUUGCGCUUAGUGGGACUAUUAUUUGUUUUUCAACAGGACAAUGACCCAAAACAAGGCUAUUUGACCAAGAAGGAGAGCGAUGGAGUGCUGCAUCAGAUGACCUGGCCUCCACAAUCACCCGACCUCAACCGAAUUUAGAUGGUUUGGGAUGCGUUGGACCGCAGAGUGAAGGAAAAGCAGCCAACAAGUGCUCAGCAUAUGUGGGAACUCCUUCAAGACUGUUGGAAAAGCAUUCUUCAUGAAGCUGGUUGAGAGAAUGCCAAGAGUGUGCAAAGCUGUCAUCAAGGCAAAGGGUGGCUACGUUGAAGAAUAUAAAAUCUAAAAUAUAUUUUGAUUUGUUUAACACUUUUUUGGUUACUACAUGAUUCCGUAUGUGUUAUUUCAUAGUUUGGAUGUCUUCACUAUUAUUCUACAAUGUAGAAAAUAGUACAAAUAAAGAAAAACCCUUGAAUGAGUAGGUGUAUCCAAACUUUUGACUGGUACUGCAUAUAUUUUUUUUAAUUAAGAUAUCUUGAUUGCAUGUCUUCACACCCCUUGGUGGAAGCACCUUUGGCAGCCAUUAUAGCUGUGAGUCAUUUUGAAUGAGAUUCCACCAACUUUGCACAACGUAUAGGGCAACAUAAAUAUAUUUUUACAUCUAGCUCAAGCUCAGUACAUUUGGUUGGGAAUCAUUGCUGGACAGCAAUAUUCAAACCUAGUGCACUAGGGUCUAAAUGUCUAAAGUAGUUUACUACAUAGGGAUUAGGGUCUAAAUGUCUAAAGUAGUUUACUACAUAGGGCCUAGGGUCUAAAUGUCUAAAGUAGUUUACUACAUAGGGCCUAGGGUCUAAAUGUCUAAAGUAGUUUACUACAUAGGGCCUAGGGUCUAAAUGUCUAAAGUAGUUUACUACAUAGGGCCUAGGGUCUAAAUGUCUAAAGUAGUUUACUACAUAGGGCCUAGGGUCUAAAUGUCUAAAGUAGUUUACUACAUAGGGCCUAGGGUCUAAAUGUCUAAAGUAGUUUACUACAUAGGGCCUAGGGUCUAAAUGUCUAAAGUAGUUUACUACAUAGGGCCUAGGGUCUAAAUGUCUAAAGUAGUUUACUACAUAGGGCCUAGGGUCUAAAUGUCUAAAGUAGUUUACUACAUAGGGCCUAGGGUCUAAAUUUCUAAAGUAGUUUACUACAUAGGGCCUAGGGUCUAAAUGUCUAAAGUAGUUUACUACAUAGGGCCUAGGGUCUAAAUGUCUAAAGUAGUUUACUACAUAGGGCCUAGGGUAUAAAUGUCUAAAGUAGUUUACUACAUAGGGCCUAGGGUCUAAAUGUCUAAAGUAGUUUACUACAUAGGGCCUAGGGUCUAAAUGUCUAAAGUAGUUUACUACAAAGGGCCUAGGGUCUAAAUGUCUAAAGUAGUUUACUACAUAGGGCCUAGGGUAUAAAUGUCUAAAGUAGUUUACUACAUAGGGCCUAGGGUAUAAAUGUCUAAAGUAGUUUACUACAUAGGGCCUAGGGUCUAAAUGUCUAAAGUAGUUUACUACAUAGGGCCUAGGGUCUAAAUGUCUAAAGUAGUUUACUACAUAGGGCCUAGGGUCUAAAUGUCUAAAGUAGUUUACUACAUAGGGCCUAGGCUGUGAUUUGAGGUAGAUGAUGUUGUUAUGAUUAUUUAUUUAUUUGUAUGUUAUUUAUUUUAUUUCUUAUUAUAUAAUUAUUAUGAUGUGCUCCCUAGGCCAUUAUGCUGAGUAGUGAUGGUCAGAACCUGGUGACAGGAGGAGACAACGGGGUGGUGGAGGUGUGGCAGGCCUGUGACUUCAAACAACUCUACAUCUACCCAGGCUGUGAUGCUGGUGUCCGCGCCAUGGACCUCUCUCACGACCAGAGGUUAGUUCUGUUAGUCCUCCUAGUCAGGUUGCCUCUACUACAGGAUCAAUUGUGUGUGUGUGUGUGUGUGUGUGUGUGUGUGUGUGUGUGUGUGUGUGUGUGUGUGUGUGUGUGUGUGUGUGUGUGUGUGGUUGUAGAGCGGUAUGUAGGCUGUAGAACACUGAAAGGGCCUGUGUGUUUCAUGCUUGUCAGGGUACAUUUGGGAAAAUGGAACGUUCGCAGUUCAGUGAGCUUUGUUUUCUUUAAAUAGAACCGGUUGCCAUAGAGACAACAAAAUUGCAGUGAAAGGUUCUGAAAGCACACUUGCCUUGGAGCAAUACAGAAGCGUCACUUUCCUCACACAAACAUACAUAAACACACACACCACACACUCACUCACACACAUACACAAACACACACACACCUAUUGUGUUGAUGUUAGUAAAGUAGAUUCAUGUUUGGGAAAUAACUAAUAAAAUACAAUACAUUAAUCUAAUUAGUAGUGGGUCAUAUAGAGGUAAAUUGUUUUGAUGAACAUACUGUAUUGUGUGUGUGUGUCCCCCUCCCCCAGGACUCUCAUCACUGGCAUGGCAUCCGGUAGCAUUGUGGCGUUCAACAUCGACUUCAACCGGUGGCACUACGAGCACCAGAACAGAUACUGA